AUGCCAGCAGCCGCUUCCAGCGUUGGCGAUCAACACCGCGGCGGUGCGGGAUCCGUCAUGAUGCCCAACUCCACAGGAGCAACAGCGAAUCCAUUUGAGGAGCCCCAGCGCCGAAUAAACGAAUACACAGCACAAGAAAUUGCGACAUUACAAGCCCGUCUUGACAAGAAGUUGGGGCCUGAAUACAUCUCUGCACGCCCAGGUGCCGCGGGGCAGAAGGUGCAUUAUCUCUCCGCGGAUAAGUGUAUCAACUUGGCAAAUGAGGUGUUUGGUUUCAAUGGCUGGUCUAGUUCAAUACAGACCAUCCAGAUUGACUUCGUCGAGGAGAACCAGAACACAGGCAAGAUUAGCUUGGGUCUUUCGGUCAUUAUGAGGGUCACACUCCGAGAUGGGACUUUUCACGAGGACAUUGGCUAUGGACACAUCGAGAACUGCAAGGGCAAGGCCGCGGCAUUCGAGAAAGCCAAGAAAGAAGGCACAACAGAUGCAUUGAAACGUGCUUUAAGGAAUUUCGGAAACGUGUUGGGCAACUGCAUCUAUGAUAAGGACUAUGUUUCGAAGGUGACCAAAGUCAAGGCGGCGCCAGUGAGACCCCCAACACCUGCCGAUCCAUGCGCCAUGCUAAACCAAGAACAGGGCAGAUGGGACGUGGAAGAUUUGCAUCGCCACCCUGACUACGCACCUCCCGCCAAGAAACAACCGCCUCUUCCUCCUCCAAAAGCGCCUGAUAAUGAAGGGACGCCCAUUGCUCGCCCGAUACAGCAAGUGAAGGCAAACCCACCAGCGAAGCAGGGCUCAUUCGAUGGCGAGGGAGAAUUUGGCAGUGACCUGUUUGAUGAAGCCGAUUUUGGGGUAGCUGAGACCGGCAACCCCGAUGAGAUCGUGAUAGACACAGAGCCACAACGACGUCAAGCUGCUCCAUCAACAACUGGACCCGUACCGUCAGGGCCACCGGUGAAAACAGUAGUCAAUCCGUCUGUUGUAACGCCUUCAAAGCCAGAGCGAUGGGGACCAGCUGGACGGCCUAUCCCCCCAAAUGGACGGCCUAAUCCUGCAAUGAUGGCUUCUGCAGCAGCACAAGGCCGGCCAAUUCCCGGCCAAGGUCCACCAAACGUCUCGAACCCUCGCGCAUCAUUUCCACCCCAACAACCGCCUGGCCAGGCCGCCCCUCCAAAUAACACAGCGCAACCUCCGAUCAAACGAGAAAACCCGCCUCCAGUAAACCAGGACAUGAACCCGCCAGCAGGCACACCAUCUGGUGGAUUCUUUUCAGCCAGGGCAGUCGACCUCCUGCGUGAUAACCCCAACUCUGUCCCCUCAGGUGCCCCACAGUUCGACCCUCACGCAGAGAGCCCGUCCAUUCGCAAGACGGCUGGCGUAGACCACACCAAAAGCGUCCCCAUAUCCAGACCCAUGCUAUCGUCCGCCUCUCCAGCACCAAGCACCAACUCCCGUGACUACGUCAACCCUGCAGCAGACAUGCAGCGCAGGGUCGGCGCCCCUGGUGCAACCGCCAGUCCCGUCGCUAGAGGCCAAUCGGUCUCAUCCUAUCGACCAUUGACCCGACCUAAUCCAGACCAAAGGAGUAUUUCCAACCCGGUGGCUAUGAGUCGAGGCAGUGUUCCGCCAGCACAAAACCUCAAUGGCAAACGCCCACCCUUGGCCGACGUCAAUAUGAAUGAUUCCACUGGUGCUGCUGGGGCACCCGUACCCGGACCAACCGAUCCAAAACGACCUCGUGUCCUGUACCCAGAAUUGGGGUCUACGGGGCCUCGUGCGCCUGCCUAG